AUGGAGAGAGAGCGGUGGGUGGCAGUGGCGAUGCUCUUCGGUUUGAUCUGCGACGUUUAUCUCGUCACAGUUGCAGCAGAUGUAGGGACAGCUACGUCAUACGAUCCUCCAUAUCUUCCGACGAAAUGCCCGGGCUACACCGAGGAUCAACUGCCGGAGAAUGGGCUUUUCGUGGCAGCAGGCAAUGGCAUGUGGGACAACGGCGCUGCCUGCGGCAGAAAGUACCAGCUCCGGUGCCUCAGCGGCGUCAGGCGGCCAUGCAAGGACGGCUCCAUCGUCGUCCAAGUGGUGGAUUUCUGCAGAGUCAGCCCGUGUCCUUCGACCCUCGUCUUGUCGAACAGAGCCUUCGACGCUGUUUCCAAGAUUCCAAACACAAAAAUCAAUGUCGAAUACGCACAAAUAUGAUCUGGUGGUCAACGUAAGCAGUUCGGCGAAGCAGCAGCAGAAUGCAUGGCAGAAACGUACAAGGAAGCAUUGUCGAACACAGCUCUAUCUAAACUUGACGAAAGUACCAUAAGAUUAUUUUGACAUUAAUGAUAACGAAUAUAAAUAAUCUAAGAUGGUUGCAGCAAUAAUUAUAUACAACACUGUGCAAAAUGAUCUAUCAGAGCAGAUCAAUUGUUAAUCGAACGGCGGAUGUUGCAUCCGGAUACGUAGCGUUCCCGUUCCCGCCCAUCUCACGAAAAGUUACUCCGUCGUUUGGACGGCUAAGAUGAGCCGAAUUACGCGCCUCCUGAUGGCCGUUGAGGUCGGCCGCUUCCUGCGAUGAAUCGGACGUCUUCCUCUCGCUGCUUCGAACGCGAACCCUAAUAUGUCGAUCCAAGGUAGGAGCAGAUCGGUUCUUCCUCGAGGCGACAACUCGAAAUCGAUUUCCGUUCGCGUUUUGAGGUGGAAAUCGAUGUGGCGUGAUAUUUGGAGGAAUCGGAAAGGAAUGAUCGCAUUUCUUUCCCUCUCUUUGCAGGGGAAUUAGGGUUCCAACUGAAAUGCUGGUUGGUCACCAGGUAUGGAUGGGAACACGGACGCGGCUUUGAAGUGUCUUAGGAUGGGAAUGGAAGCCCUAGGUACAGGGGACCGGUCGCGUGCCCUCAAACUCCUCUCCGAGGCCUGCCGUCUCGACCCCUCUCUCCCACUCGAUGAUCUCCUUCCGCUACCGGUGGAAUAGAAUCUUCAAGAUCCUACACAGAGGAGCAGGUGGCAAUCGUUCAUCAGAUUAGGGAACAGAGAGAUUACCACGAGAUCCUGGGGUUCGAGCACGAUUGCACGGUUGGGGAUGUUCGCAGAGCAUACCGGAAACUGUCGUUGAAGGUAAGGAGGCCUUCAAGGAAGUCUCUAUGCCUUUCCAGUGCGUCAGCGAAGCGGAGAACCGGGAAAGGUACGAUCUUUGUGGAUCUGAAGAGCCUGCUCUUGGUACGGCCUCAUCACGGCAUGGCUUUGAUGAUGAUGAUUUCGACGCCGAUGAGAUGCUUAGGAGCUGAACCAUUCUUUCUCGUUCGCAUCCUUACGAGCGCAAAGUGGCGACUCCAAAGAGGGUAUCGUACUUUGUGAAGUCGGAGAAGCAUGAAGAAGAGUAUCCCUUUGAGAGCUCAGAGCGAUAGGCAAUAGAUCAGCAGGUUGAGAGGUAGUUUCUUGACAGGCUUGCUCAAAAUUGUCAGCUCGAGCUGCAGCAUCAACUGUGGGGUGUGUCCAACCAGACAACGCAAUGUGACAUGCUUCGCAAGUACGAAGAAAGAGUUGGCUGAUAUUAUCUGACAGAGGUUCGUUUUCCUUUGUGCAUUUGAAGGUUGAUUUGUAUUCUCAGUCAGUAAUGUAGUCUCUUUUUGUCUGUUUGGCCUGCAAACAAAAUGCAAGUUGGUUCAG